UAGCCCGGCCGGUUCGGGGGUCCCGGGGGCACCGGCAGCACCGGGCGGGCCGGUGACCUUGGCAGCCGGCGGCCGUGCGCAGUGCCGGGAGCCGGGGCAGGGCCGGCGGCAGCUCCCGGUGCCGCCCCCUGCGCGGAGCCGCACCGGCAGCACCGAGCGCUGCUGCGGCCGUUACCGGCGGCCACGCGAUGCGUCCCCAAAGGCCGUGGGCUGCUGCCCCGGCAGCUCUGCUGCUCCUGGCCGGUGUCCUCGCCUCCGACACGCUGCCCGGCACCCGGGGACGGAAGAAGGUGGUCCACGUCAUGGAGGGUGAGAGCGGAGCUGUGGUGGUGCAAACGGCCCCGGGGAAGGUGGUGACCCACCGGGGCGGCACCAUCAUCCUGCCCUGCCGGUACCACUACGACGUCUCUGCCCACGACCCGUCCGAGAUCCGCCUGAAGUGGACCAAAGUGACAGAGCCCAUGGACUUUGUGGAUGUCUUCGUGGCACUGGGGAAGGCGCGGCGGGCGUUCGGCAGCUACCGCGGCCGCACGGCACUGCAGGAGGACGGCUUCGGCGAUGCCUCCCUCAUCAUCCGCAACGUCACCCUGCAAGACUACGGCCGCUACGAGUGCGAGGUCACCAACGAGCUCGAGGACGACACCGGCAUGGUCAAGCUGGACCUUGAAGGUGUGAUCUUCCCCUACCACCCGCGCCUGGGGCGCUACACCCUGAACUUCCACGAGGCACAGCAGGCGUGCCUGGAGCAGGACGGCAUCCUGGCCUCGCACGACCAGCUGCACCAGGCCUGGCUGGAGGGCAUGGACUGGUGCAACGCCGGCUGGCUGGAGGACGGCUCCGUGCAGUACCCCAUCUCCCGGCCGCGGGAAGAGUGCGGCCGCAAGGACACACCGGUGGGCGUACGCAACUACGGCUACCGGCACAAGGAGAGCGAGCACUACGACGCCUUCUGCUUCACCUCCAACCUCAACGGCAAAGUCUACUUCUUGAAGACGUACCGCAAGCUGAGCUACAACGAGGCGGUGCAGGCCUGCAAGAACAACGGCGCGGCCGUGGCCAAGGUGGGGCAGCUCUACGCCGCCUGGAAGAUCCAGCUGCUGGACCGCUGCGAGGCCGGCUGGCUGGAGGACGGCAGCAUCCGCUACCCCAUCGUCAACCCCCGGGCACGCUGCGGCGGCCGAGAGCCCGGCGUGCGCAACCUGGGCUUCCCGGAUAAGAAGUACAAGCUUUUUGGGGUUUAUUGCUUCAAAAAGGCUGGUGAGGCUGACCCGGAGAAGGCGCCGGGUGGGGUGCACCCCAAUCGCGUGUGAGGCUCCUCUACUUUGGGAGCACCCCCAGACUUGGCUGGGGACCCCGCCACGUGCUGGGCUCCCCGGCGUCGCUGCAGCGUGGGGAGCUGCGGGCAGCCCCUGCAUUGGACUGGGAGGAGGUGCCCAUGCUGCACCGCAGGCUGUAGACAAAGCUCGGUGAUGCUUGGGGAAACUGAGGCAGCAGGAGGGAAGCAACUUCAGUAGCCCAGCCCGGAGCCUGCGCUCGAUCCAGGGCCGGCUCCCCAGCUCAUUGCUUAUCAACCAGCGUAGUGCAUGUGCUAAAGGCCCAUCCGGAGCAAAGCACGCUUGAGCCCCUGAUGUCCCUAUCCUCAUGCCUGGAGAUGUCCCUGAGAUCACACAGCACUGAACCCUCCAGGAGACGCCACAGGCAACCAGCAUCCUGGGACCAGGAUCUCUGCACGGAUGCUGACCUGUCACGAGCUUUCCUCAUCCCCAAAAUCCCACCUUGGCGCUGGGCAAGGACUGGGGGCACUGGUUUGGCUCCGUGCGGCUGGUGGUGCCCCUCCAGCGCCCGCAUGCACCCGCUCAUCGCUGGGCACCCCGCGGGGCUGCCGCUGGGCGAGCCGAGUGCCACGCUGCGAGCCUGGAGCGGCGGCGGCUCCUUCGCGCUUGGCUUCGUGCAGAAGCGGCCGAUGCCGGGAGCGGGGAAGCAGCAGGCGGGCACCGCGCCCCGUGCCCGCCCAGCUCGAGGCUCCCCGCAGCCCCGGCGCUCACAAG